CUAGCCACAGGGCACAUUAUUUCCCACUUUCACCCAUUUGUCACAGUAAUUCGUCUCCCAACGCGGUUUGUCCGUCUCUGUAGCAACCGGGAAAUAAGUUCAGCAACAAGGAAGGGGCCAGCCCAGAAUGACUGAAUGCGAUGCAAGCAAACCACAUCAACAUCUCUGACAGUGUGAAGUGAGAAAAUCUGUCUGAGAAAGAUGGAGGAUGUGCAGGAGGAACUGGACUCAGUGGAGGCUGAGCUGGAGGUGGUGGAGCUGCAGAUCGCAGAACUGCUGCAGAAGCAGACCGAGUUGACUUCUCGUAAGAAUGCACUGCUGCAACAACUGGGAGAGGCCUGUGACAGUGCGCCGUCUUCAUCGUCGUCGUCUUUGUCCUCUGCUUCUACCAAAUCAUCUGGAGCUAAUUCAGUAAUGAGCAAAAAGGAGAUGCAGCUCUAUGAUGGCACAGAUUUCCCAUGGUCCAAAGCAAUGGAGCAGCACCUGAAGGACUCGUUCCGUCUGUCCACUUUUAGACCACUCCAGCUCAGAGCCAUCAAUCUGACCCUGUCAGGAAAAGAUCUCUUUCUGGUUAUGCCCACAGGAAGAGGCAAGAGCCUCUGCUACCAGCUACCUGCAGUCUGCUCCAAUGGUUUUACACUGGUCAUCACUCCCUUGAUUUCUCUAAUGGAGGACCAGAUCAUGUACCUGAAGUCAAUCGAUGUGCCAGCGGUCAUGCUGAACGCGUCCAGUAGCAAGGAGCAUGCUAAGACGGUCUUGGCUGGAAUGAUGGAUCCGAAGGCUCCUUUUAAGCUCCUGUACGUGACUCCAGAGAAGAUCGCCAAGAGCAAGAUGCUCAUGUCUCGACUGGAGAAAGCCUACAAUGCAGACCUGCUGAGUCGCAUCACUGUGGACGAGGUGCACUGCUGCAGCCAGUGGGGACAUGACUUCAGACCAGAUUAUAAACUGCUGGGCAUCCUGAAGAGACAGUUCCCCAAAGUGCCGCUGAUCGGCCUCACAGCCACGGCAACCGGCAGCGUCCUCAAGGACUGCGAGAAGAUCCUGUGCGUGUCACAGCCAAUCACGCUCACCGCCUCCUUCAACAGAACCAAUCUUUACUAUGAGGUUCGUGUUAAAGAGUCGGACAUCAGUGCAUCAAUAAACGACAUCGCCUCUUUGAUCAUGGACAGAUACAAGGACCAGUCAGGCAUUGUGUAUGUGUUCUCGCAGAAGGAUGCCGAGACUGUGUCCUCUGAACUCCAGAAGAGGAACAUCGUGGCUUCUCCCUACCACGCCAACAUGGAGCCCAACGACAAGUCCCAAGUUCACCGCAAAUGGACCUCCAACAAAAUUAGGGUGAUCGUAGCCACUGUGGCGUUUGGCAUGGGCAUCGACAAGCCUGACGUCAGGUUCGUCAUCCACCACACCAUCAGCAAGUCGGUUGAGAACUACUACCAAGAGAGUGGACGCGCAGGAAGAGAUGGCCUCCCCGCAGACUGCAUCGUCUACUUUGGCUUCUCUGAUAUAUUCCGGAUCAGCACCAUGGUGGUGAUGGAGAAUGUUGGUCAAAAGAAGCUGCUCAAGAUGGUUGAAUACUGUCAGGCGGUUGACAGGUGUCGUCGCUCCCUCAUGGCCGUCCAUUUUGACGAGGUGUGGGACGAUGAAGGCUGCAAUCAGACGUGCGACACUUGCCGCUACGCAAACGACUGCACCUCUGUGGACAUUUCCACACAUGCCAGGCAGGUGGUGCAGAUCAUGGAGCUGGCAGACUCCAUGAAUGAGAAGCUGACUCCUCUGAAGCUGAUGGAGGCGUGGCUGGGGAAAGGCCCCGCCAAGUACAGGAAGAAUCUUCAGACCGCCACGCUGUCUCGGCUGCAGUGUGAAGCUGUGAUCGUGCAGCUGUUGCUGCAGGGAUACCUCAGAGAGGACUUCAGCUUCACUCCAUACACCACCUACUUCUACAUGAAGCUGGGCCAAAAAGCUGCUCUGCUGAAGAACCAUACCCACACACUCAGUAUGAAGAUGAGGACGACACAGAAGGAAUCUGCCAUGGUCACAUCCGCUGUUAAAGCUGAUGAGACAGAGGUUGAUUUAACCUCUGAACCUGAUGUCGUGGACAACAGGUGCCCCCCACAAAUCAAACAGAAACAGUUUAAAGAACAGAGGAACUUGUCCAGGAAACGAGACCUGAAACCAGUGAGCCAGACUGAGAACACCGAACAACAGCUGCCACACGGACAUGGAGAGGAAGAGGAGAAGACGAGAUCCGUUACAACCCAACACGUAGAGGUUGAUGUUGAAAUAAACAAAAUUGAUAAUGUAAGUGUCGGUGAGAGUCAGAAAACGCCAUCACAUCCGGCCAAAACCUGCUCCAAAAGGAAGUCCACCACACCUCAGAGAGUGAGGAGGAGUCGGCGAGCAAACGCACCCAUGGCUGACGCUAGCGCAGCCGCGUCCUGCUCGCCGACCAGGGCCUCACUCAUCUCCGAGACUGCAGCAGAGGAACUCUGCGAGCUGAGGAACUACUACAGCAAGCAGCUGCGGAGGAUCAACUACAUUUCCCAUGAGCGCCUGGCGCAGCCUGCUGAGCCGGGUGUGCUGGCGUGUAUCAGGGAGCCUCUGAGGAGCCUCCGCCUGCCCCGCAGUGUGACCAUCGCUCAGACGGCCCGCAGCCUGUGGACACGAGUCAGCGGGAGGCGCAAACUGCUGCAACGCUGACAUCACUCACUCUUCACCGCUGUCAUUAACACUGUGUUUUUUUUUUCAACUACAACAAAAUAUUUUGUUCAAAAAAAAAAUGAAGAUAGGGCUGGGUGAAAGGGCCAUUUCUGUAGGUGUGAUGUAGAUGCAAAUGUAAAUAAGUCCUGUCUACUAGCAAAUGAUGUAGUCUUUAGUUUUCUUGCUGUUGUGCGCGUGUCAAACAAUCUCCCACUGCAUUUGUUAUAUGCGAACAGCAAACUCCAUCACCAGUUUUUUUUUUAGACAUUUUUGGGUCUUGUUUGUAAAGAAAGUAUUUUACAAAUUUGAGUUAUAAAUUCAGAGGAAAGCGUUAUAUCUUUAAAUGUGUUAACACAAUGCAUAAACACACGGAAUUGUUAUAUUGCUAUCGAAUAACAUUGUAUUGCACUAAUUGUUAGGAAAUGAAUGCCCUAAGCCCAAGCCCUAUGGUUAAGUUUAUAAUUUCACAAUAAAAAAUUAAAUAAAUAAA